UAAGAGACUGGAUAGUAAAGCGAACACAAAUGGCGGACUAGUGAAAAGAGCUCUAGGUUAUAUAGUCACGUGUUUUACCGGUAUUUUAGGGAAAAGACGCAUGUUAAAACGACGUAUUGUUUGAAAGAUUGUUACUAUAGUGUGUAGAUCAUUUUUAUUAAGCUUUCAAUAUGGCAGAAGUUCAGGAAGGUACAGAUUAUGAGCAAUUUGAAGAAGCCAACGCCAACGGUGAUUUCCAAGAACAAGCCGCAACCACAGAAUCAGAAAGCAUGGAAACAAAUGAACAAGCGGGCGGCGACGCGACGGUCGCUGAUGAUGGAACGAAUGAAGACGAAAGAAAGCUUUUUGUGGGUGGUCUAAGUUGGGAAACGACGACGAAAGACUUAAAAGAGUAUUUUGGAAAAUUUGGCGAUGUGGUAAAUUGCACCUUGAAAACCGAUCUCGAAACAAAAAGGUCCAGGGGUUUCGGAUUUAUAGUUUUUGCCAAAACAGAAACUGUUGAUAAAGUAUUGGAAGAAAAAGAGCAGCUUAAAUUACACGGACGCACAAUUGAUCCAAAGCGAGCAAAUCCGCGAACAGGGGCUAGGAAAAUCUUUGUCGGUCGUGUAGACCCAGCCUGUUCAGAAGAAGAUAUCAAAACAUAUUUUUCAACAUUUGGAAAAGUGGAAAAAAUUGAUCUGCCAUUUGAUAAAAUUAAAGAUCAGAGAAGAGCUUUCUGUUUUGUAGAAUUUGAAAGUGAAGAAGGUGUUAAGAAAGUGCUUGAUCAACAGAAACAUGUUCUAAGUGGCCAAGAGGUUGACAUUAAGAAGGCAACACCAACUGGUCAAGGCAGAGGCGGUGGUCGUGGUGGUGCUCGUGGGGGACGUGGUGGUUGGAACCAAGGAUGGGGAAACCAAGGUUAUGGUAAUCAAGGAUACAACAAUUAUGGUUAUGGAAAUCAAGGAUAUGGUGGAUAUGGAGGAGGAUAUGGUGGAUAUGGAGGAGCAUAUGACUACAAUCAGGGCUAUGGUUAUGGCGGAUGGGGUGGUUAUGAUCAGAGUUAUGGAAACUAUGGUGGAUAUGGAGGCUAUGACUAUUCUGGUGGAUGGGGAGCAUAUGGACAACAAGAUCAAACACAGCAGCAGAGUUCUUAUGGAAAAACUGGUGGCAGUAAACGCGGAGGUGUCAUGGAAAUUACAUAGUUAUUGUGGCUUUAUAGUCGGGAGUAAGCAACAGACUGCUCACUUGACUUACUGAUUGUUAAACUUUGUAACAUUUAAAAUAUAUGUCAAAAUAAUUGUCAACAACUGUUUUAUAUUUAUCAGUGAUAAAGCUUAAAAAUAUAAGUAAAAUGAA